AGUAGCGCCACCAACAUCCGGCUACUUCAAUCUCUAAAGCCGACUAAAGAUAUACGUGAAGAGGGUGUGUAUAACGGGGUAUAAAAUUAUUAAAAUACAGAUAAAAGUUAUAGCUUUUUUCCCGCAAGUGUGUGCAAAUAAUUUCAUAGAUAGGAGGAACACUUUUAAAGAGAGCCGACCAUGUCGUCGGAACAAUUCUCAUUAUGUUGGGACAACUUCCACAAGAAUAUGAGUUCGGGUAUGAACUCAUUGUUAGAGAAUGAAGACUUAGUGGACGUGACGCUUGCCGUGCAAGGAAAAUGUCUCAAGGCCCAUAAAAUGGUACUUUCUGUGUGUAGUCCUUAUUUUAAAGAACUUUUUAAGUCGAAUCCGUGUCAACACCCCAUAGUAUUUAUGAAAGACGUUAGUUACGAAGCUUUAAGUGAUUUAUUACAAUUUAUGUACCAAGGGGAAGUUCAAGUUAGCCAAGAAAAUUUAACUACAUUUAUUAAGACUGCCGAAGCCUUGCAAAUCAAAGGACUCACCGGAGAUGGAAAUGGCUCAACUGAUAAUGACGUUGUGGAAGUUCCUGUUGAAAAACGUACACCACAUGUAGAAGAUUACAAGCCAGUUUCUAUACCUAGACCAAAGAAACAACAACCCCCUCCUGCUCCAAUAUCAUCCCCUUCUGUGAAGAGACAAAGACUGAGUGCUUCAACUAGUGAUACCCAACCCUUACCUCCCCCUGUUACGAAAGUUGAACCCAUAGCCCCUCCUCAACCUGUUCCUAUUGCAACACCUGAAUCUUCACCUCUACAUUUUAAGACGGAACCUUAUGAACAGUCAGUCAGCCUUCUGGAUGAGCCAGGUGAUGACACUUUUAACGAAGAUACAUUGGAUGAGACUGUAGGCGACGAUAACGAAGAUUACUCUAUGAUGGAAAGUGGUAGUGGAGAAGAACCACAGGCAGGAACUAGUACUGAUGGAGCAGGCGAAGGACAAGAAAAUGCAGAAGAAAGUGUUUCAAGACCAUCUAGACGUGUUGGUGUUAAAAAUGCAAUAGUUAUUGAUGGUUUCACAUACCAUCAAAAUACAACAAAAAAUUCUAAGACUAGAUAUUUAGUUUGUGCAGAAUACAAACGAUUAGUAUGUAAAGCCAGAGCAGUGAUACCAGUAGGUGGUUCUUCUCGGGAGUUUGUUUUACGCAAAGAACACAAUCAUCCACCACUAAUAGGAGAGUCUUUAAAGGGGGACUUUAUCAAACAGCUAAAAAGAGCUGUCGUAAAUGAUCCUUUAAAGACUCCAAGAGAUAUUUACGAAGAUCUGGCAGAAGUGUAAGUAUAUAUUAACAUUAGUGUGAACAAAAAUGUGCAAAUGUUUUAAUCGUAAUUGUUUUAUAUAUGAUUUUUACACUUUCAAAGGUUCUAUAUGACCCAUAUAUUCGUGAGAAUGUUUGUAUUGACUGUGAGUGAUAAUGAGCUGAGAAUAAUGAGCAAAUUUAUAUGAUUGCUGUUUGUUGUGUAUGUAUUUGUGGUAUUUGUGUGUUAAAAGAUAUGUGGUUAGUGGUUUAUAUGGAUCAUAUAGGUACUUGUAAUAAAUACAAAGAUAUGUUACGAUUUUCACAUUCAGUACAAAACGAAUCUUCAUGUUUGUAAGGGUAUAACCUGUUCAGAUAGAAUUAAACAAGGUAAUGUUUUGGUACAGUAUGAAACUUAUUGACUUGCUUUCAAUAGGCUAACAACAACCUUUGAAUAUUUUUUAUGUGGAUAGUGGAGUUGGUUUUUUAGUUUAUUCUUAUUUGGUAGAUAAAAUCCUGUUAGAGAAAUAAAAAGUCUGCGUAUCUACAUACAUACAAAAUGAUUGCUCAGUUUUUGUACAAAAAAUUAUUUAUCUAUUGUUUUUAUUUUGUGUAAUAGUUUCUCUGUAAGUCAAAAUUUGAAUUUGUAUAGAAAAAAGCAUGGUACUGUAUUUGUGAUAAAGUUUUUGGACUUGCCAAGUGCAUAAUAAAAUCAAUACACUGAUAGGUAACUUCUAAUUUCAAACAAAAAUCUUAACCGACUUUAAUCUGACCAAUUUUUAAAAAUCAUAAGAAAAAUACUGUAAAAUUCAAAAAGAAGUUGAUGUAGGAAUAGAUUUUGGCAAAUUUUUCUCACAUUUUAUAUUUGUUUAAAUGAAAUUAUUUAAUAGAGCCCAAAAUAGAGUUAUUCCCUUGAAUGAAAAAGAUAUAUUCUGAUAUUUUUUUGAUACUUUUUGUACAAAAUAAAAAGGCCAUCAUAUGCCGUUUAUUAAAUUAUUGACAAAGUAAAAAAAUCUACAAAUCAGUGGACCAAUAAAUCGUACUAUUUUACAAUUUUUGCAUUGCCAAUUAAUGAGACUUCUAUAAAAAUUAAAUCUAUUAAAUUAUUACAGUUAACACAAACAUUGAUUUUUUUCUAAACUGAAGUUCAAAAUAUUUUUAUACUAGAUGCUAUAAUUUGUUACCACAUUAGAAGUCAUUCAAAAAUAUUUUGAAGCAUAAUAGAACACUCUGUUAUCUACAUAUAUUUUAAUCAUAUGAAAUUUGUUUCAAAGAGAAGCAAGUUCUAUCUAAAAUCUCUACAUGGUUUUAAAACAAAGUAUUAAAGAGGUUCUCAAACUGUUUCCUUUUCGCAUAUUUAGUUAAAUAUUUUAUGUAUGUGGAAUUAAGUCGCUAUUGAUUGUAAUAAAAAUUACAUUUUUGUUUGUUUUUGACGUUUAGAUAUCGAAUUAAAUUAUUACAACCUGUAGAUGUUCAUACUUGCCGGUUUGUAGCCAAUGUGACAUUUGACCUACUUGGCCUCGAUCUUGUAGAUAAAUAGUCAUUUUAGGUGAAAUGUUAAGGGUGAUUUAAAAUCACAACUUGUGAUUAAUCGGAUGGUACAACAUCACUCUCAGAAUCUCAAAACAAAAACAUGGGUAUUCGCCUACAAAAUAGAGGUCAAGUAAGUUUACUGUCAAAUUGGCUGCUACAAAGCACAAUAAUAAACACCUACAGCUUGAAAUCAGUUCUUAAAUUAUAAUAAAAUGUAAUUUUUAUUAUAAACAGUUGUGAUUUAAACCCGUAUAAAUACAAUAUUAAACAAAAUACUGUUUUUCCACUUGUUAAAUAAAGUAGAACUUUUAAAAGAGACUUUUUCUCUAAAACAAUGAUAAUUUAUAUGAUUGCAAUUUAUGUAGACACACAUGUAUAAUCAGAUUUCGCAAGUUUAUCCAAUUUUAUAAAUGGAAACCCCACCAAAUAUACAAAUAGGUAUCCUGAAGCAUCCACCCUAUGCCCAUUUAACAAGAUCCAUUCAUCGAUCCGGAGAUGGCGUCGGUUAGCAAACACGGACAAUUGGAAGAUUGAUACUCCACACCAUUCCUGAUGAUCGAAGGUUUAUAGAUAAUCUUUUCAUUAAAUAUAUUUAUUAGA